UGAUUGUUUCUGCCUCUGUUCUGCUGCUUCUUGGACCUCCCCAAAUCUCUCCCUCAUUCCCCAUUGCCGAAGCUCCCUUCUCUGCUUCAGGUGAAGUUGGGGGAGUUUGUUGGGUUUAUGGAUAUAGGAAGGGCUACAAUUGCUUCCGAGGAAGGAAGGUCAAAGGAGGAAAUAUCGACUGAGGAGAAGCAUUGUCGGUCCAGUGAAGCAUUGGCAGAAUGGAGGUCUUCUGAGCAUGUGGAGAAUGGAAUCACUUCAACAUCGCCUCCUUACUGGGACAGCGACGAUGAUGACAGUGGGCCUAAACCAUCCAAGCUGUAUGGUAAGUUCCCAUGGAAGAUUGAAAAGUUUUCUCAAAUUAAAAAGCGGGAACUUCGGAGUGAUGUGUUUGAGGUUGGAGGAUAUAAAUGGUAUAUUCUUAUUUACCCCCAGGGAUGUGAUGUCUGCAAUCAUCUAUCUUUGUUCCUUUGUGUGGCUAAUCACGAGAAGCUUUUGCCAGGGUGGAGUCAUUUUGCCCAGUUUACAAUAGCUGUCGUGAAUAAAGAUCCAAAGAAGUCCAAAUAUUCUGAUACGUUGCAUCGUUUCUGGAAGAAAGAGCAUGAUUGGGGUUGGAAGAAGUUCAUAGAGCUAUCAAAGCUGCUGGAUGGUUUUCUUGAUGAUGACACACUGAUAAUUAGGGCCCAAGUCCAAUUACUCAGGGUGAGACAAGAUCGUCCGUUUCGUUGCCUUGACCGUCAGUAUCGACGGGAACUAGUUAGGGUAUAUUUUACCAAUGUUGAACAAGCUUGUCGCCGUUUUGUUGAAGAACAUCGCAGUAAACUUGGAAAUUUGAUAGAGGAUAAAGCUAGAUGGUCAAGCUUCUGUGCUUUCUGGUUGGGGAUGGACCAAAAUUCCAGGCGCCACAUGUCUGAAGAGAAAUCAGAUGCAAUAUUGAAAGUAGUAGUGAAGAACUUUUUUAUAGAAAAAGAAGUUACUUCUACAUUAGUGAUGGAUACCUUGUAUAGUGGACUCAAGGCAUUAGAAGGUCAACAUGCGGGGAAAAAAGGAAACGUUAGAUGUUCGGAUCUGGAGGAACAAACUGUUCCAAUUGUUAGGAUGGAGAAAGACACAUUUGUGUUGGUUGAUGACAUGCUUCUAUUGCUUGAGAGAGCGAUCACGGAGCCCUUGCCACUAAAGGUUGAGAAAGGUCUUCUGAACCGCACAAAGGAUGAAACUUCAGGAGACGACCCUAAUAAGGACUCCAUUGAGCAGGAUGAAAGACGCCUUACUGAAUUGGGUCGUCGGACAAUUGAAAUAGUUGUCAUGGCUCAAAUUUUCAGUAAAAUUGAGGGUGAAUACAAGGAGGCAGUUGCUUUGAAGAGGCAAGAGGAACUUAUCCGGGAAGAGGAGGAGGCUGCUUGGAUAGCUGGAAUCAAGCAUAAAUCUAAGCAGGGAACAUCAGAGAAGGAGAAGAAAUCAAAGAAAAAACAGGCCAAACAGAAACGCAACAAUCGCAAAAUGAAGAAUACAGGGAAGGUGGAUGAAAAGUCUAGUGUGAUUUUGCAUGACAAGGCCGCCGAAGGAGAGCUUUCUGAAACUGAAGGAAAUGAAUGUAUGGCUGAGGAGAUGGAAAAUGUUGCUGAAAAGCCCAACGGCACACAUGAAAAAAUGUUGGCUGACUCUGAUUUUGUAGAAAGUGUUCCCAAAGCACAAAUUAAUCAUCAAGAUUUUGCUGGCAGAGAUGCUAGAUUUGUCGGUUGGGACAUUGAUUUCUCAGAACUCCAUCCUUCCACUGAAUUAAGCUUCAGCGGAUCAAGUAGCUUUUCAUCCACACAAAAUGGAAAAGGUGGGAGGAGAAGUCCUGCAGUGGAUGAUAGUUCAUCUACUUGCUCCACAGAUUCAACCCCUUCAGUUGUUACGAAUGCACCUUACUCAAACCAUAAAGACCUGAAGUCGCCACCUAUCAGAGGGAAGAACCACCGACACAAGUCAGAUGAUUUUCAGAAUCAUCAAUUAGAAAGUACUGAUAUGGGGCACCUGAGUGACACAUCUGGUCUUUCUUCACAUGAGCAACCUGCUAUUCAGAAGGAAGUUGUAGUUUUGCAACUAAAAGGGCAUAAUGAAGCUUAUACUGACGGACCUUCGGUGAAUGGAACAAGCGUGCUCUCUCCUCCUCCCAAAGAGGUGUUCUCAAAAGUUAAGUCAAAAUCCUUAAAGAGCUCGGCACAUUCGAACAAUUCUCUUUAUGUCAAUAAACCGAUCCCUACUGUGAGUGACAAGUUACUCAAACCCAUGAAGUCUUCUGAACGCUACGUAACAAAGAGUGAUUCCCACAGAUCCAGUGGUUUAGACAUUUUGAAAAAGCCUUCAAGUGAGAAACCCACUUCACAUGUUGCAUCAAAACCACCGUUGAGUGCUGCUGUAGCUGUGGGACCCACCCCAGUUGCCUCCAUAGCCCAUACCCAACCGUUUUCAACACGCAGUUUUGUUCCUCAGUCCUACCGAAAUGCAAUGAUGGGCUCCGCUCUUGCUGCUAACUCAGUGGUCAAUAAUACCUCAAAUUCAUUCUCUCAAACACCACAUGCUCUUCAGCCGUUCUCACGGAGUUCAGCAGAGACUGUAGCUAGCAGCUCAAGUAGCCUGAGCUUUUCGUAUGGGACUGGAGGAGUGAUGCAUAGUGGACCCCAGUGGAUGGAAAGCUCCCCCCAAAGGGACAAAACCCGGAUUUAUGAUUCAUACAAGCCCGUGGAGAAUGGGACCCGCGAUGAUCUUCCAUCAAGGCAUCAUCAGUCUCCCACUGGCUUCACGGAUGAAUUUCCACACCUCGACAUCAUCAAUGAUCUACUGGAUGAUGGGCAUGGUCUUGGGAUGGGUUCAGAACAAAAAGAUGAGAGCUUUCAUAGUUUCAGCAAUGGUGGUUAUUCUGGAAGCUUCGUCAAUGGCAUCAGGGACACACAUCAAGAGCAUAGGCUGCAAAACUCUGCCCGGGAUGGGUUGAUUCCUAACCACUGGCAAAUGGUCGGUUCGAAUCCAUAUAAUGGAACGAGUUACGGUGAUACAGGUUACCCAUAUCACAUGAUACAUGACUAUACAAUGUUCCCAACUUCUAAUGGACUUUGAAGUGUACUCACAAGUAUCACCCCAAACUUUUUGUAAAGAAUGAUUGUACCUUUCUGUGCUCACAGUUUUAUUAUUACAAAAGGGGAAGCAAAAGAAAAAAAGAAAAAAAGAGGCCAUAUUUGGGUUAUGAUGUCUGGCUUACCCUCUUUGGGAUUCUUUGAACUUCUUCUUAUGUGCUUCUCUUGAAACAUUUUGCAUAUUUGCAUGUGCUUAAGUGUCUUUUAGGUGAGCCCUUGGAAAGACAAGAUUCAAUAUCACAAUGAAUGAUGAAAUUGCAC